UUAGUGGGAAGGGGCGCCCAGUGAUAGGGGGUUCAGGGUCCCAACUAGCGGUUGGGGUGUCGGAGUUUCAGGAGUUCAGAUUUGAGAGAUCCAAGAGUUGGUAUCUGGGGUUGGAGUCUCCAGGAUUCAGGAGAUAGAGAUCCGAGUGCCUGGAAUUGGGGGCAGGCGGGAAUCAGGGGAUAUUGGUGAGGGGCAAGAAUCUGGAAAACAUAAAAUUUCCACCUGGCUCUGUUGUAGGGGUGGGUUUCCAUAGACCACACCUGUUGCCUAUCAGGCCGAUGACACAGUUGAAUGGGUGUGGGUCCUCCAGCCAGCUAUUGAGGCCCUUGGGGGAAAUAAAUACUCCCACUCUCACACCCAGACUCUCCUGAGGAGUGUCUGGUCAUUGGCUGGGUGACCCCGGGGAGACCCCUCUUCCUUGGAACGUCCUUCUCUUCCCCAUUUGGACGCUUUGAGCAGCUCUUUUUGGAGUCAGGCUGCGGAACCCCAUCCUCAGGGUUGGGCAUGGAAGCCUCCAGGGAUUUCUAGUUCGAAUUCCUCCAGAUCUAAAACCGCAACCUUCUGUGGUUCUCCUGCAGCCCCUCACAGCCCCCUCCCAAUUUAGGGCCCAGUAUAGCUGUGGAGGUCAUUGGGGGGAAUGAGGGCAAAGGCUCCAGUGUGGGAUUGAAGACUGGGAAGCCCAAACGGAACAGGGUGCAAGGCUUCUCCCGUUAGUCAUGUAACCUGCUUGCCUAACACUCCUGGGUGGGGCUGAACUGCCCCAGGCUCCCAUCUCUGCCAGAGCUGGGAAGAUGCCACUUCUCUCUCACCAGUGCCUAACCUCAACGCUGGGGCACCAGGGAUGCUGUGCGCACACUGAACACCCUGCAGACCAAUGCUGGCUACCUGGAGCAGGUGAAGCGCCAGCGGGGUGACCCUCAGACGCAGCUGGACACGAUGAAGCUGUACUUGGCCCGGAGUGGGCUGCAGGUGGAAGACUUGGACCAGCUGAACAUCAUUCACGUCACUGGGACCAAGGGGAAGGGUUCCACUUGUGCCUUCACUGAACGUAUUCUCCGCAGCUAUGGCCUGAAGACAGGAUUCUUUAGCUCUCCCCACCUGGUGCAGGUGCGGGAGCGGAUCCGCAUCAACGGGCGGCCCGUAAGCCCCGAGCUCUUCACCAAGCACUUCUGGCACCUCUACCACCGGCUGGAGGAGACCAAGGACAGCAGCAGCUGUGUCUCCAUGCCCGCCUACUUCCGCUUCCUCACACUCAUGGCCUUCCACAUCUUCCUCCAAGAGAAGGUGGACCUGGCGGUGAUGGAAGUGGGCAUUGGUGGCGCUUACGACUGUACCAACAUCAUUCGGAAGCCUGUUGUGUGUGGCAUCUCCUCUCUUGGCAUUGACCACACCAGCCUUCUGGGGGACACAGUGGAGGCGAUCGCAUGGCAGAAAGGGGGCAUCUUCAAGCGUGGCGUCCCUGCCUUCACGGUGCUCCAGCCUGACGGUCCCCUGGCAGUGCUGCGGGACCGUGCCCAGCAGAUCUCCUGUCCUCUCUACCUGUGCCCACCACUCGAAGCCCUGGAGGAAGGCGGGCCGCCGCUGACCCUGGGCCUGGAGGGAGAGCACCAGCGGUCCAACGCCGCCUUGGCCUUGCAGCUGGCUCGCUGCUGGCUGCAGCAGAAGGGCCACCAGGGCCUUGGAGAGCUGAAGAUGUCUCGACCCAGCGUCUUGCGGCAGAUGCCCCUGGCACCCGUGUUCCAGCCCACAUCCCACAUGCGACAUGGGCUUCGGGACACCGAGUGGCUGGGCCGGACGCAGACACUGCAGCGCGGGCCCCUCACCUGGUACCUGGACGGCGCGCACACCGUGAGCAGCGUGCAGGCCUGCGUGCGCUGGUUCCGCCAGGCGCUGCACCGCAGCCAGAGGCCGAACCGCGGCCGUGAGGUGCGCGUCUUGCUUUUCAACUCCACUGGGAACCGGGACUCGGAGGCCCUGCUGAAGCUGCUGCAGCCCUGUCAGUUUGACUAUGCCGUUUUCUGCCCUAACCUGACGGAGGUGUCAUCUGCUAGCAACGCAGACCAGCAGAACUUCAUGGUGACCCUGGACCAGGUGUUGCUCCGCUGCCUUGCACAUCAACAGCACUGGAGCCACCUGGAUGAGGAGCCGGCCAGCCCAGAUCUCUGGAGCUCCACCAGCCCGGAGCCUGGUGAUGAGCACACGUCCUUGCUGCUGGCUUCUCGCCCACACCACCCCCACAGCACCGGCUCCCUUGUCUUCAGCUGCAUCUCCCAUGCCCUGCAGUGGAUCAGCCAAGGCCGGGACCCUGUCUUUCAGCCACCCAGUCCCCCCCCAAGCCUCCUUGCUCACCCUGUGGCUGGCAGUGGGGCGGGCGUGCUCCGUGAGGCUGCCGCCAUCCAUGUACUAGUCACAGGCAGCCUGCACCUCGUGGGUGGCGUCCUGAAACUGCUGGACCCUUCCCUGUCCCAGUAGCCCAGGCAGUGGGGUUGGAAGUGGGGGUCUCCCACGCCUGCCCUGCAGCUCACCAUGAACUCUUGUUAGGUGCCUUUUGUCAUCUGCUUUUCUGAUGCUGUCCAGACUGGCCCGGGGUCCUGGGCUCUGGGCAGCAAGAUCCAGGGCUAGAAUGGGGAGGCCGAGAUGGGACAUCCUCUUGUCUGAGCCUAGGGUGCCUUGGGCCUCUCCCUCCUCCUGACCAAGACAGCCAGAGGGCUUCUUGGUUGUCCCACUGUCCUAGUAGGCCAAACUAUGCAGCCCCCCUCCCUCACUACCCUGCCUGCGUCCUGGCUCAGGCCCAGCUUACCGUGUGAGCUGCCUGGCCAGGCCUGGGGUCCUGCCGGGUGCUGGUUGAUAGAUUACCUCUUAGUGGCCUUCUGGGGAAGAGAGGGCUCCUGCCUGGGGCCCACCAGAGACCAAGGAUGGCUGGAGUCAAUUAAAGCCUUUAAGUUUUUCAAAAAGAAAUGGCAAAA